AUGCUGUCUCCUGUCCCAGAGGAACCGCUGCUGCUGGCCGAACUCAAACCCGGGCGCCCCCACCAGUUUGAUUGGAAGUCGAGCUGUGAGACCUGGAGCGUUGCCUUCUCCCCUGAUGGUUCCUGGUUUGCUUGGUCUCAAGGACACUGCAUUGUCAAGCUGAUCCCCUGGCCGCUGGAGGAGCAGUUCAUCCCUAAAGGGUUUGAAGCCAAAAGCCGAAGCAGCAAAAAUGAUCCAAAAGGGCGAGGCAGCCCAAAGGAGAAGACCCUGGACUGCGGUCAGAUUGUCUGGGGCUUGGCCUUUAGCCCGUGGCCCUCUCCACCCAGUAGGAGACUCUGGGCACGCCACCAUCCCCAGGUGCCAGAUGUCUCGUGCCUGAUCCUUGCCACGGGACUCAACGAUGGGCAGAUCAAGAUUUGGGAGGUGCAAACAGGGCUCCAGCUUUUGAACCUUUCCGGCCACCAAGAUGUCGUGAGAGAUCUGAGCUUCACACCCAGUGGCAGUUUGAUUCUGGUGUCUGCGUCGCGGGAUAAGACUCUUCGCAUCUGGGACUUAAAUAAACACGGUAAACAGAUCCAGGUGUUAACGGGCCACCUGCAGUGGGUAUACUGCUGCUCUAUCUCCCCGGACUGCAGCAUGCUGUGUUCUGCAGCUGGAGAGAAGUCUGUCUUCCUAUGGAGCAUGCGCUCCUACACGUUAAUCCGGAAGCUAGAGGGCCACCAAAGCAGUGUUGUCUCUUGUGACUUCUCCCCCGACUCAGCCUUGCUCGUCACAGCUUCUUACGACACCAAUGUGAUCAUGUGGGAUCCCUAUACUGGCGAGAGGCUGAGGUCACUCCAUCACACCCAGCUUGACACCCCCAUGGAUGACAGUGAUGUCCACAUCAGUUCGCUGAGAUCCGUGUGCUUCUCUCCUGAAGGCUUGUACCUUGCAACGGUGGCAGAUGACAGACUCCUCAGGAUCUGGGCCCUGGAACUGAAAACUCCCAUUGCAUUUGCUCCUAUGACCAAUGGUCUUUGCUGCACAUUUUUUCCACAUGGUGGAGUUAUUGCCACAGGGACAAGAGAUGGCCACGUUCAGUUCUGGACAGCUCCUAGGGUCCUGUCAUCACUGAAGCACUUAUGCCGGAAAGCCCUUCGAAGUUUCCUAACAACUUACCAAGUCCUAGCACUGCCAAUACCCAAGAAAAUGAAAGAGUUCCUCACAUACAGGACUUUUUAAGCAACGCUCCAUGGAGUCGUGUUUUCUUUGUAGCAGGCUAAAUCUUCCUGGCAAAGGAGUAGCUGGAGUAAUGGGCCAGACAUCUGGUCUUGGACGGAAGUACAGCUUCUGUUUGGGAUUAUGAAUAGAAUGUAGCAAAACCAGAUUCCAGUGGACGAGUCCUGGGUCUUUUUCUCUGACCUGUGAAAGGCAGUCUAGAGGCGUGGAUUCCACUCCUCCGGCCACAGAGCCUCACCGUAAAUCUUAAGUCCACUCAUAGACAGCAAUGUUGAACUCUUUCUAGUCGUUUUGAUUCAAAGUGCAGUUAUUGAUGUUGUUCUGCUAAUAAAGUAACUGGGCCUCAAGAGCCUCUCUUUAGUGGCAGAGAAGUUAAUUUCCCUCAACGGGAACGUGUGACUUCUGCCUAGUACCUAUCAUUGUUAGGUUUCUCCAGUACAGUGGUAGCUUGUUUAAAGUUUUCUCCUGCUGUGGUCAGAGCUACUUUGAUGUUGGCAAGUGCUUUCCUUCCUCUGGCUCCCCUCUGAUGCACAGGACAAAGUUUUCAUGGAGCCAUUUGGUAUAAGGUGUUAGCUUAACUAAUUCCAGGUGAAUCAGAAGGUGUGUUCUUGACUGGUAAAGACACUAUUAUUGUUUCUAACAGUGGUGUGCAUGUGCAGGAGAUGACAAGUUUGUGUAAGAUUACAACAGGAUGUAUUCCUCGACUGCAUGACCUUUAAAAUGGCUACUGAGUUUUCAGGAGUUUGCAUAUUUAUUUGUGUUUUCUCAACGGAUGUUAAGGUACAACUGUGUUUUUCUCAAUGGUAUCUAAAAACCAUAGUCCUUAAGUCGAACAGUUGCGAGAUGUCUCUUAAUUGUGCAAAGAAUUGGUGUUGUCGUCACUUUAGCUGACGUUCUUGUGUGAAAUCUGUCUUUGCUGCUGAACCCCAUUGGACUAAUGAGCCGGUCUCAACUCUAUCCCCUGAACAAAAAUAGCUCUUUGAAAGCACUGUUCUCCUUCAGUGGCGUAUAGUUACCCAAUCAAGACACCUCAUUCAAACACAAUCUGCCUUAGGAAAUUUAAUAUAUUUUAAAUUAUUUUAAAAGAAAUGCAACACUGUAUCCUUUGGCUUUCUUAAUGGGUUCUUUCUGGAGAUCAGUUAACAUUACAAAAUUGUUGAGAAAGUAGAGGGCCGUCCUCUGUCACCUUUGUUACUGAAGAAAAAUAUUUCUUUUCAAAAUGAGAGGCUUUCAUUGAGGGGAAAAAACAGUUAAAAACUUUUGGUUCUUUGUUUCAUUUUUUUCUAUUAAGAAAAAAAAUCACCUCUUAGAACAAGUAAUAUAAGAUAGCUGAGAAUGAACUGAAUGUUUUAGUUUAUGGUUAUCUUGAAAUAUGACAUAUUGUAUAGCCUGAGAUCCCAGAUGCCUUUCUGUUGGCCUCACCUGGCCAUCAGCCUUCAGACCCCUGCUGGUGCCCCGAGGGAGCAGCUCUUCUGUGUUGGAAAUAGCAGACUUCUCCCUUGCUAGGGAAUAAUCCAAUACCUUUGUAAAGAAUAGCCUGCUAUGGAAAGUUUCUUCUGUGAUUUCAGAGACGGAGAAGACUUUAAUACAAAUGCAAGCUGAGUUAGCUAGCAUCUUCAUACCUAGCUGAGGAGAGUCACUUGUAACAACCAAACUUUUUUUUUUUUUAAAUAAAGAACGUGAACAUAAAUGCAGCAUAACUGCUGUAAAAUAAGCUGCUAAACUUUUGUACAAAAAUCCCAGUCCUUUCAGUUCUAGGUUUAGUCAGGCUUAAUCUCACAUGUCUUGCAUUAAACAAGUGAGCUUUGUACAACCACUGGUACCUAAUGGCGUAGCUGAAAGGCUAACUCUGUUAUAUUUAAAUUUUUUUUUCCUUCAGUCCACAC